AUGUCAAAUCACGAGAAGUUGGCCCUCGUCGGGAAGCAGCUCAGAAAGUUGCUGGCCAAGGAGGCGGCUUCAAGGGGUGUCGAAAAAGUUGUUUUGUCCUUCUCCGAACUCGGAGGCUUCGAGGUCACCGUGGAAACUUUAAAACCAUCUGGGACGGAGAAAGCGGUUGAUGUAGCCGGCCUUCUAGUGGCGGACGUGACGCGUGAUCGUAGCCAGAAGACGAAGGUCAACAAGAAGCAGACCAAGAACAACGCCGGCGGGUACGUCUUCAAGGUGUCGGAUGAGACCCGUGUGCGCAGAUUUUUGAUUAUGGGAACUACCGGAGGGACAUUCUACCUCAGCGAAAAGGAGCUGACUGUCGAGAAUCUGGUGGAUUUGAUGAAGAUUAUUGAUCAAGGAAACGCCUCGAUGAUUCUUCAAGAAAUCAAGGAAAUCUCGCUGGCUGGACGAAAUCCAAAACAAGAGCCAGUGAUGUUGGCCUUGGCCCUGUGCGCCAGAUACCGUACCGGCCAGGUGAAAGGCGAAGGCUACGACUCCGAGCCGGCCAAGUUGUACGUGGAAUAUUUGAAGGCCAUGCAUGCAACCGCAUUGGAACUGAUUCCACAGGUCUGCCGAAUUCCAACCCAUUUGUUCAUGUUCGUCGACUACUGCGAGAAGGUGGCCAAGCACUCGGCGAAUCCAAAGGGGUCAACGGGAUGGGGGCGAGCUUAUCGAGCCGCGAUUAGGGAUUGGUACGCCACCAAGUCCCCACGCCAAAUCGCGAUGGCGAUCACGAAGUACAAGCAGCGUGGAGGCUGGUCCCACCGCGACCUCUUCCGACUUGCCCAUCCUACGCUAAAAUACUCGGCUGACGAUGACCACUACCUGGAGCGCGAGCAGUUGUUCCACUACAUCGCCAAGGGGGAGUUGAAGCCGAGGAAGCGGACUUAUGCUCAGGCCGAACUCGAACAGCUCGAGCAGAAGCCGACUGAGAAGCAGAUGGAAAAGGAGCAAGAAUCCUGGGCCCUGGAGCUGAUCGAGACGUACAAGAGCUUUGCCAAUUGUACGGAUGAGUAUGAUGUGGUUGCGGCUAUUCAUAAGCUAGGCAUGGUCCGAGAGCACAUCCCACCCGAGCUCCUGAACUCUGUCCCCAUCUGGAAAGCCCUGCUAAACGGGAUGCCAAUGAAUGCUCUCAUCAGGAACCUGGCCAAGAUGACGGCCAUCAACGUCAUCGAUUCGGACAACGUGAAGAGCAUCUGCGAGCAGUUGACAAACGCGGAGGCCAUUUAUGGGUCUCGAAUACAUCCGAUGCAGAUACUUGUUGCUCAUGAGCAGUACAAUCGCGGAAAGGGAGAUAAGGGCAAGCUAGCCUGGGAGCCGAACCAGAAGAUUGUCACCGCCCUCGAGAAGGCCUUCCACAUCUCCUUCAAGAACGUCGUCCCAACUGGUAAACGCUACUGCUUCGCCUUUGACGUCUCGGGCAGCAUGACGCAGGAGGUGUUGGGGACCACAAUUUCGGCCCGUACAGCUUCCGUGGCGAUGGGGAUGAUCGGGAUGAAGACCGAGGAACAUGUAGAAACCGUGGCGUUUUGCGAUAGCCUUGUCGAGAUCCCUUGGGAGGCCAACGAGUGGACGUUGAAGCAGGCUACCAACUAUUUUGAUAAGCUCAGAUUUGGAGCCACCGACUGCUCCCUGCCGAUGGUUUGGGCGAAAAAGUGCAAGAAGCAGUUCGACUGCUUUGUCGUUUUUACGGAUAAUGAGACGUACUAUGGAAAAAUCCACCCCCACGAAGCCCUCCUCGAGUACCGCCGGGCCUCCGGAAUCCACGACGCCAAGCUGGCCGUGCUGGGCAUGUGCUCGAACUCGUUCAGCAUCGCCGACCCGGACGACGCGGGAAUGAUGGACUUCCAGGGCUUUGACCCCUGCUUCCCGCAGAUGCUCAGCGAGUUCGCGAUGGGACGAUUU